AUGAUCGGAACGUCCAGGCUCGAGUACGGCUUUAUACGUCUCUGCAUCAUCGGCUUGCACUACCUCGUUCCUAUCGCCCUGCUCUACUGCGCCUUGAACGUGGCCCUCUAUGGCUUCGAAGCUGCGACCUAUCGAGCUCCGCUCAUUAUCGAGAGUAUGGCCUUGGCCGAAGCACUCUUUUUCAUCUGCGCUUACCUUCCUUAUCGCGCCUACCUCCAGCGUGAAGCUGUUCAUCCUCCUGCGCCAGCCCCGGCAGAACGAAAAGAGCUCUUCCGGUUAUGCAAUGAAAACAUUCCCGACCCUGAAGCUUUCCUGAAUAAGUGGUUUCUGGGGGCGGACCCGGCAGAUAUCAGAAGGGAGAACCUCAAGGAUUUCUUUCUAUGGGCUUUCUUCAACCGCGGUGGGCCGCCCGGCGACGACGAUGAAGAACUCGAGGAAAUGGUAUCGGCAACAGAGAAACUGUUGGGCAGACCGUUAGAGCCUGGGAGAGGCAAUGCCAAGUGCCUGCGUUUGACCCUGGACAGGGUUGAUAUGCUGCAUCGAAGCUUGUUAUGGUAUAUGUGUGUUGGCUUUGUCGAUUUCUUGACAUGUGCCAAGUUAUACUUCCAUGGCUUCCGCUUCCACCGGACAAGUCUGUCGCGCUUCUUUACCCUCUUUCCAUUUCGAUGGCAGACGCUUCUCACGACACACCGGUCCCCAGCGAAACAUACAACAUAUUGGCAUCGACCUCAUACGUCGACCACAAAGCUUCCGGUAGUAUUCAUUCAUGGAAUCGGUAUCGGUCUCUAUCCAUAUACCAACUUUCUUGAUGAGCUGAACUCAAGCGCGGGCGUUGAGUCAGCCGAUCCUGACGAGCAAGUUGGCAUAAUCGCUAUUGAGAUAAUGCCUGUUUCCUUUCGAGUUACGCACCACGCGUUAAGUCGUCAGGAGAUGUGUGCCGAGAUCGACCAAAUCCUUCUCAAACACUUUUCUCCCGACCAAAAAUUUGUCCUCGUAUCUCAUUCGUAUGGAACUGUCAUAUCAACUCACCUUCUCAAGACACCUUCCAUUGCGAAGCGGAUCGGACCAAUAAUGUUGAUAGACCCCGUCUCGAUAUUGCUCCACCUACCAGAUGUUGCCUACAAUUUCACACGCAGAAAACCUAGACGCGCGAAUGAACAUCAGUUAUACUACUUUGCAAGCAUGGAUAUGGGUGUUAGCCAUACACUAAGUCGGCAUUUUUUCUGGAACGAGAACGUCCUUUGGAAGGAAGACCUAAAGGGCAGGAAAAUGACAGCUAGUUUGGGCGGCAGAGAUAUCAUUGUCGAUGCAAAAGCCGUUGGGAGAUACUUAAACAACGUGCCGAAAUCGACCCCAAAUAGUUACAGAGAUAACGCGCUUAACCCAGUUGAUGCCGAAGACCAACCCGACGUGGAACAACCAGUUUCAAUAUUGGGAGGAGGCGGAGGCGUUGAAACAACUCAAGAUAGCUUACUCGACGAGGAAUGGAAGUCACGUCCUUGGCGAGGAAGCGGAAUCGAGGGCCUAUGGUCUGAAGAUCUAGACCAUGCCCAAAUUUUCGAUACUCGAGCCUCAAGACGGAGACUGAUCGAUGUGAUUAGAGUCUAUUGUAAAGCCGAAUGA